AUGGCCGCCGCCACCACCACCAGUAUCCGCCAGUUCUCCACCUCCGGUUCCAUCAAGGGCCUGUGCACGCCCACUGUCCGGGUUGGGGGUGCCUGCCGGGCCCCCAGCCUGCUGGGAGGUGGCAGCUGUGGUACCAUGUCGGCUGCCUCCUCCCGCUUCUCAGCGGGCCUGGGGAGCGGCUAUGGCGGUGGGUACACCUGCAGCCUGGGAGGGGGCUUUGGCUCCACCUUUGGCUCUGCCUUUGGUGUGUCUGAUGCCCUGCUGGGGGGCGGCGAGAAGGAGACCAUGCAGAACCUCAACGACCGCUUGGCCUCCUACCUGGACAAGGUGCGCGCCCUGGAGGAGGCCAACGCCGACCUGGAGGCGAAGAUCCGUGAAUGGUACAAGAAGCAGGGGCCUGGGCCUGCACGAGACUACAGCCACUACUUCAAGACCAUCGAGGAUCUACGGAGCAAGAUCCUGGCAGCGACCAUCGACAAUGCCAGCUUCGUGCUGCAGAUCGACAAUGCCCGCCUGGCAGCCGACGACUUCCGUACCAAGUACGAGACGGAGCUGAACCUGCGCAUGAGCGUGGAGGCCGACAUCAACGGGCUGCGCAGGGUGCUGGACGAGCUGACCCUGGCCAGAGCCGACCUGGAGAUGCAGAUCGAGAGCCUGAAGGAGGAGCUGGCCUACCUGAAGAAGAACCACGAGGAGGAAAUGAAUGCCCUGCGUGGCCAGGUGGGCGGUGACGUCAACGUGGAGAUGGACGCGGCCCCGGGCGUGGACCUGAGCCGUAUCCUCAAUGAGAUGCGGGACCAGUAUGAGAAGAUGGCGGAGAAGAAUCGCAAGGACGCGGAGGACUGGUUCUUCAGCAAGACCGAGGAGCUGAAUCGAGAGGUGGCCAUUAAUACCGAGGCGCUGCAGAGUAACAGGACGGAGAUCACCGAGCUCCGCCGCUCCAUGCAGAACCUGGAGAUCGAGCUGCAGUCCCAGCUCAGCAUGAAAGCAUCACUGGAGAACAGCCUGGCGGAGACCGAGGCCCGCUACGGGGCCCAGCUGGCCCAGCUGCAGGGCCUGAUCAGCAGCAUUGAGCAGCAGCUGUGUGAGCUGCGCUGUGACAUGGAACGGCAGAACCACGAGUACCAGAUGCUGCUGGACGUGAAGACCCGGCUGGAGCAGGAGAUCGCCACCUACCGCCGCCUGCUGGAGGGCGAGGAUGCCCACCUAGCUACUCAGUACUCUUCUUCUUCCAUGGUCUCGCAGCCCACUCGCGAAGCUACGGUGACCAGCCGCCAAGUGCGAACCAUUAUGGAGGAAAUCCAGGAUGGCAAAGUGGUGUCUUCCAGAGAGCAGGUCCACCGCUCUACCCACUGAGGCCCCAGCUCCAUGUGA